AUGUUGUUUGUUCGAACUUUUUUACGUAAUUUUUCUACAACGUCCACUAAAUUUGCACCAUCUUCUAAACAAACUCAACAGCGAAAUGUGGCCCUUAUACUGAGUGGGUGUGGUGUUUACGAUGGUGCUGAAAUACACGAAGCAUCGGCCUGUCUUGUUCAUUUAAGUCGUCAUAAUAUUAAUACGACAAUGUUUGCACCGAAUAUUAGACAAACGCAAGUGAUUAAUCAUUUAACAGGUGAAACAAUGGUAGAAGAUCGAAAUGUACUCACAGAGUCGGCUCGUAUUGCGCGUGGGAAAAUUCAUUCAUUAGAUGAACUUAAAACGGAACAAUUUCAAGCCAUAGUUAUUCCUGGUGGGUUCGGAAGUGCCAAAAAUUUGUCAACAUUUGCUUUCGAUAAUGAUAAAAUGAAAAUAAACAGUACAUUAGAAACUAUUUUGAAAGAGUUUAUUCGUGGGCUAAAACCGGUUGGAUUAUGUUGUAUAUCUCCGAUAUUCUUAGCUAAACUGCUACCUGGCGCGGAUAUCACAAUGGGAAAAUUGAAAAAUUUAACGGAAAACGAAAAGAAAAGUGUUUAUCCGUAUACGGGAGCGGUACUUGCUGCAAUACAAAUGGGAGCUAAUCAUCAGGAAUGUGAUGUGAAGGAAAUAUGCGUGGAUGAAAAACAUCGAUUUGUCACAACACCAGCAUUCAUGAAAAACGCACCGUUUCACGAAGUCUACGAUGGAAUUGGUCAAAUGAUAGCAAAAUUAGUUGAACUAAUAGAGAAACAAUAA